GGAUGAGCAGAAGACAAACGACGAGCGUUGAAUACAUAUACACAAUUAUACAUGUGCGUAUACCGCGGCGGUUGAGGAAUUCAUGGUGUCCGACCAGCAAUGGACGUUGGUAGUUGUUUUCAGCUCUCUCUCGAGAUUGGAAUUUGCAGCAGGAACAAUGUUUGCAGCAGAAAAUUUCGGAGUUCGAAAGCAAGAGGCAAAUUGUGUUUCAUGAGCUCAAAUCUCUCGCCAGUAGCUGCGGGGAAAUGUUUUUGGAGUAAAAAUAACUGGAAGAGGAUUCAUAGGAGACUGUCCACUGUCCCCUGUAGAAAUCAUAAGAUUAGAUGCUUUUGUAUUCUAAAUGCAGGUCUCCCAACUGAUGCAGCAUCUGUAAAGAAUGCCACUUCAACUUUAGCAAGAGCAUCUCAUUAUUUGAAAGGGAGUCCCCUUGUGAUCAAAUUGGCUUCAGCUGUGGCUGUCGUUGUUUUUGCAGUAUGGGGGAUUGGGCCACUAGUGCGACAAUGCAGAAACAUAUUUCUAAAGAGGAGGGACAAUGGUUGGAAAAGGAGUGGCACAUAUCAAGUUGUGACGUCUUAUGUUCAGCCCUUGUUGCUAUGGAUGGGUGCAAUGUUCAUCUGCAGAGCACUGGAUCCCAUGGUUCUGCCCGUAGAAACUGGUCAUAUUGUUAAGCCUCGCCUCCUAAAUUUUGUCAGAUCAUUGUCCACAGUGCUGGCCUUUGCACAUUGUUUGUCAGGUGUAAUUCAACAGACACGAAAGUUCUUCAUGGAGUCAAAUGAUCCCACUGAUGCCAGAAAUAUGGGUUUCCAGUUUGCUGGUCGAGCUGUAAAUGCAGCUGUAUGGAUAGCGGCUGUAUCAUUAUUCAUGGAAUUGUUAGGCUUCUCGACCCAAAAAUGGAUUACAGCUGGGGGACUUGGGACAGUUCUGAUCACACUUGCUGGACGUGAGAUUCUCACAAAUUUCCUUUCGAGUGUAAUGAUUCAUGCAACUCGGCCAUUUGUCUUGAAUGAAUGGAUUCAGACAAAGAUUGAGGGCUAUGAGGUUUCAGGAACAGUUGAGCAUGUAGGAUGGUGGUCGCCGACAAUCAUCAGAGGUGAUGACCGCGAAGCUGUACACAUUCCAAACCACAAGUUUACAGUGAACAUUGUGAGAAAUCUCAGUCAAAAAACACAUUGGCGUAUUAAAACCCACCUGGCUAUUAGUCAUUUGGAUGUCGGGAAAGUCAAUAACAUUGUUGCUGAUAUGCGCAAAGUUCUAGCUAAGAAUCCUCAAGUCGAACAACAGAAAUUGCACAGAAGAGUAUUCUUUGAGGAUAUUAAUCCGGAAAAUCAAGCCCUCUUGAUAUUGAUCUCCUGCUUUGUCAAGACCUCACAUUUUGAAGAAUACUUAUGUGUUAAGGAAGCUAUACUUCUCGACCUCCUUAGAGUCAUUUCUCACCAUCGUGCUCGACUGGCCACUCCCAUCCGAACAGUCCAGAAAGUAUACACCAACACCGACUUGGACGAUACCUCGUUCUCUGAUUCUGUUUUCACCCACGGCGCUGCAUCAAACAACCGGUUCUUACUGAUCGAGCCGUCCUACAAAAUCAGCGGGGACGACAAGACCAAAACUCAAGUUCGAUCCCCCCUACGAGUGAACGGAGACGAAGACAGCAGCAGGCCUACAGCAGACGAUGCUAAAGAAACAACAUCAGAUGGUAAGACCGAGGUUUCCGCUUCAAGUCCAAAGCCAGAUUUGAGACAACCUAGUCUAGAAGAGAACCUAGUCCUUGGUGUCGCGUUGGAUGGAUCAAAAAGAACCCUGCCCAUCGAUGAAGAUGAUAACAUUUCCCCGGCUUCGAAUGCGGAAGACAUUAUGGAAUUGGCUGCACUGCAUGCUGCUGUGUCUGAGGACAACAAAACCGAUACCAAGAAGACAAGCAAUGCCGGAUCUCCCACCGGCACCGAGCAGUCAGAUCAGCAGGCUUAGCGCCGUCUACUGUAACUGACGCUGUAUAUAUUUGUGCUGCGUUCGGUCUACGGUAAGAAUUAAGAAAUUCCUUUAUUUUGCUACGGAAUUACUAAUAACUGCGGCCAGUUGAAAUAUUCAGCACCGUGCUGACAGCACGUGAAAUAUUGAUGGGUAGGGUAGCAUAUAUAUAUAUAUAUAUAUAUGAAUUAACAUCACAUGUUAUUAAUAUUUUCCAUCUUUCCCUUCGAGUUUGUAUAAGAUGGAAAUGUUUGAAGUGUUAUUGAAUUUAAUAGGAUAUAUAGUGAUGUG